AUGUUCCCCGCCACUAGCCUGUUUUGCCAGUUCCGAUCACGGCGCGCACGCAAUAUGCUGUGUCUAUCGUUAUUCUUGGUGCUCCUUACGACUCCCAUAUGGACCUAUGUUACCGAAACGCCCUCUUUCAUUGAUCGUCUUGGCAAACUUUACGAGAAACUUGAAAAAAUCACAAUAGCACCCACGCCAGAUAAUUUCGGAUCGAAUCCUAAAGAUAAGCUUUACGCGAAGCUGGAGAGAUUUAAUGCGCUGUCGCCCGAUAAAUUCGAGUUGUCUGAUGAAGAAGAAGAGUUGAUAUCUACUAUGGAGAAGUGGGGGCUCAGUGCUGAUCAAAUGGAUAUUAUAGUGAAGGAAUUGCAACGGACCAGGGAGGAUGAUGAAGAGAAAAUUGAGAGAAAUGAAGAAUACAACGACGAGGAUGAGUUGCUGAAAGAUCUUUCCGAAGGCGACUACCUAAACGACAAAGACUGGGAGACUGAGGAAGAGGUCACAUUCUCCACGUCCAAGCCACUUCUCGGAACCAUGCCCUCGGCAUUCACUAAGACCACCUACAAAAAGACCAUCAUAUCAGCGGCUGAACCGAUCGCUUUGACGAAUGAGAGACCCAGAAUCUUGGAUGAAACAUCAUUGACCAAAUUGGGAACGCAGCUUCGUCAGGAGGCGUUCGCUAACGCGGCCAAGUUCAUCAGGGAGAGUAGAUGUCACACUCCACAGGCUCGCUGGCUCACCGUCCGGCAGAUGGCGCCCGCCGCGGAUACAAACUACAUGCCCUCGUGUGUCCGGCUCCACCGUUGCACUCCUGACUCCGGCUGUUGUACCAACGACGCUGACAUAUGCGCACCCAUCGAAGGGAAAUAUGUCGCAUUACCAUUUUAUUUACACAAAGCAGACGGUAACACGAACGUGGCCAGAAUGGUGUUCUACAACCACACUAAAUGCGCCUGCGUCUCCAGAGAGACUCUGCAGACGACUAUCAGAACCAGGAUCGAGAGCAAGCCCGAGCCUGAACCAAGGAGAGACCUGGCCAUCGAAAGUCAAAACGACUGGAGGAUGCCCACGGAAGCUCCGAAGCUGGACAGCGAGGAGCCAACAGCCCCUCCACAACUACGCAGAUGCACCUGUCCGACUUUGUUCUUGAGUACACCAGAGAACGGCUCCUGCUCUUGCAUCUGCGACUGGCCCGAAGCCGCCCGUCGGAGGGACUGCCUGUCCCUCGCGCGAGGCAAGGAGCACUUCGGCCUCCGAGACCGCGUCUGCGUAGCACAAGGACACUGCAACCAGCCGUCCUGUGAAUACGGAUCUUACGACAAAACUAACGGGAUAUGUCCUCUGCGCAGAUUCAGAAGACUAAGGUUCCAUCGUGUUAGGCCACAGCCGGAGAAAACCAUGGUGGUUUGAUUGCAGUAUUUGUAGUUUUAUUAUUAAGAAUAAAUCAACUUGUAAGAUAAAAAUGUGAGGCUCCCCUUUAAUGUAAUUGUCCGAAAUGAAAUACACUACUUACACUGCUUUAGUGUAGCCAUGUGUCUCUUCGAAGCUACAAAGAAGUUUUAAGUUUUUUAAUAAAAUAAAAAUCUUUAGGGUCUCAUAUAUCAGCAUCAUAGUGUUAUGACAUUAUUUUUGUAUGUAGAACAUUUUAAUACUUGUGACGCUCGGAGUAAUUGACGCUGGCAUUUGAAAAUAUCGAUCGAGUGGAUUAAGUUACAGAUUGGGCGUUUGUUUGUAAAUCUGUAAUUUUUAAUUGUGACGCCUUUUGGAAACAAAUGUGUUUUGAGGGAGCUUCGCGUCGACUCCGUAAUGUGUAUCGUAAUGCGAGAGAUUUCUAGACGCUUCUAGAUGUUUUGAUUAAUGUAAACAGAGUGUAUUGAAUACGUUCCCGAAACCGAAAGCCGAGAUAAAAUAGUCCGGAAUCCUCACCUACUAAACGUAAAAUUUUACCGCGUCCGAGGUCGCUGACCCCGUGUGUCUUCGCAUUUUUAAUUGUGUUUAGAUAGUGCAUUCAAUAAAAAUGAAACGUGACAUUAUAUGUAGAACUGAAAUCGUGGCGCAUAAAAUAAGACUAUUCUAUUGUUGCAUUUUUAUUGUUCUCUUCUCAAAUCUUCUCUAUUUUAAUAUUAAUUAAAUAUUAUCUGACGCCUUUUUUACGCUUUGCUCGU